CACAUCCGGUGUAACUGUCUCCCUUUAAUUAUUAGCCCGUUGUGUAGCGAGCUUACCAAAGUCUGCCCAAAAUACACUUCUGCUGCCAAAAGAGUCCAUGAUUCGCAAAAGAAACCUGAGUUUGGUUGAUAGUAGUCUCUGUCCGGAGCUCAUGGAGCCUCCCGGGUCUGUAGUCCGCCCCGACGAGGACUUAUUGGAGCCCGAUGAGGAGCUGCUGUGCUCGUUCAGCGACAUCACGGAGCACCUCGGUCGAAACAUCACUAUGGUGCUUGACACGGCGCUCUCCGAGAUCCGCCAAAUGAUCACCAUCAGAAUCCGCGUCCUGAAGAUGGAGCUGCGGGAGAAGAGUCAGGAGAUCGAAGCGUUAAAGGCGAGACUGGGCACGGGGCAGGGAGACACUGUGCUCGGGGGAGGUGGGUCUUCAGUGGAACCAUGUACAGAUCUUAUAAAGCACGAACCGGGGUCCAAGAACACCAACGGCACUGAGACCAGGAGAGCCAAAGUGCUUCCCGGGGUCAAGAAGGAGAACAUAGACGCUAUAUGUGACUAUCUGAUGAAGGACAAGAAUUCCCGAGGGUCCGGGGACAUAGAGACAGAGCAGAGCCAGUGCAGCACCGACAGAGCGCCUCGAAACGAGUCUGACCCGCCCCUCAGUAUGUGGUCUGAACCCGGGAUGGCUGGUGCCGACUCAAGUCAGGAGGAGUCCGAGUCCACUGCAGAAGACAUCUUCAGCAUGCUGCCCUCAGGAAGCAAACGCAUGUACGAUUAUGAGUGGAUAGCCCCGGUAGACUACUCCACUGACCUCAAAGUCAUGAAGGAUCCCGACUGUGAGGAUGGACAUGUUGCAGAGGGAAGUGAGAAGGAGUUGAGGCCGGACGGAGGCAGUCUGGCCCAGGAGCCACUGUUGAGUGAUCAGCAACCGGAGUUUUCCAUGGAGCACCCCAGUUCUCCAGGGGAACCCGGAGGUUCUGUGCAGAGCAGCAUGAGCAGACAGGACUCUGGACGUGCCUUCCCGACACACUCCUUCAUCUGCUCACUCUGUGGAACCUUUUGUCCUGGGCCUGCGUUCCUGGAAGAGCACAUUAAACUGAUACACCCAGACUCUGUGGAGGCGCAAGCUCUGGAGGCACUGCAGUCCACAGCAGCAGGCUCUGGGCUGGGGGACAAUGGCACAGAUCUGAACCAGGGGCCCGGGGCCCAAAGAGAGGCCGGCCCUGCACCACAGGUGACUAAGCCCCAACGGCGAUGCUUCGGAGUUAAGAAGGAGGUCAGAAUUGAGGGGGGGUACCAGUGUGGAGAGUGUGGACGCUGCUUUAACUACCUGGGGAACCUGCGCCAGCACCAGCGCAUCCACACUGGAGAGAAGCCCUUUGUGUGCCCUGAGUGUGGGGAGCGCUUCAGACAUGCGGCCCGCCUUAAGAGCCACAGGCUGGUGCACAGCGGUAAUGAGAGCCCCUUUCCCUGCCCCCAGUGCGGGAAGGGGUUCUCUGUUCUGUCAGGCUUGAAGAGGCACCAGCGCGUCCACACAGGAGAGAGCCCCUACGCAUGUCCACAGUGUGGCCGGCGCUUCAAAGAGUUGGGUAAUAUGUACACUCACCAGAGGAUUCACAGCGGGGCCACGCCCUACUGCUGUCAGCAGUGUGGGAGGAGCUUCAGGCACCUGGGAACCUACAAGAGCCAUCGCUGCAUCCCUGGGGUCCUGGACCUGCCCAGUGGACCCCUAGGCACAUCCAGGUCGGAGCACAGCCGGUCUAUGGACUCGCAUAGUGAGGAGACGGAGCACACAGGCCUAGCACAGAGCACCUGAACACUGGCCUAGAUUUAAACUCAUUCUUCAUGUGCUCUGUCGAAAUUUUAGAGUGAAAUGGCACUGCUGAGAAAUCUGCUCCUGUGUGAAAUCAUGAGGCACUUUAAACACAAAUCACAAGUUUUAAAAUCUUUUAUCUUAGUCUCUAUCUAUUCUUGUCCAAAAUGGGACAGAACUUUUCAAAAUAAUUUAUUUGUUUGUUUAAUCUUAAUAUAAUCACUUUAUAUGCGUGACAUGUUACAAAAUAAUCACUCCAAAAGGAAAGAAAAACUCUUAGAGCUGCCCUUGGUUUCAUAACUGGUACUGACCUUUUAUGAAAAACAAUCUGUUAAUGUCUACUGAUUUCAAAUGGAAAAGUCCAAGCACUUAACAGCCUGUGAUCUAAUAAAUACUGAACAUUGAUUG